UUUUUCCUGCAGACUGAAGCUGCUUGCGCAAAGGUCCAGCGCGCGCGCACACUGAAAACCCCGCUGCAAUGAGCUCGGCACGCGCUCGCUGCUUUUUCAUCUUCUUUGUACUCGUCUUCUGGAGUGUAGUGCGGGUGGGAAAAUGCACGCCCCCGACCUGUUACUCACGCGCUCUCCAACUCAGUAAGGAGAUCAUGGACGUGUUGGAGAAGACGCACAGGUCUCCGCGCACGAACGAAUGCGCCAAGAUUUUCCCAAAAAUGUUUCUGGACGUUCACAAUUCCUGUGUGACGGCUAAACUGCGAGACUUCCUGUAUGUGCUGGAGAAUCUACCAGUGGAACAUUGCAGGGUGCGACCUCGUAUCGUCUCGUUGAAACGCAAAAUCCAAACACUCUACUACAUCAUAGGCCGUGUGUGCUACCGGGAUAUGGUGUACCUGACAAAUGACUGUGAGGCUCUGGAUACAGGAAUCAAGCACCCACACUACACAGAAUACACACUGCAGCUACUGGAGGAGACAAGCUGAGACAAAAAGACAGACAGACAGACAGGCACACACACAUCCACACACACACACACACACACACACACAUAUACACGCAUACACUUUUAAUCAAAAAAUGUUAAUUGGCAAAUUCUUUUAAGCCAAAAAUAUGUGCAAAUACACAUGUAAACACAACACACACACAGACACACACCAUUAUACACACAAAAGCAAGUUUGUGUGUAUGUGUGUGUGAGUGGGACUACAUUCCAGCAGCCGAAGGAAAACUUUCCACAGGAAACAGUUUAAAUAGCCGCUGAGCGCUUACACAAAGCGUGGCUUAUUUACCGUAACGCCGCACACACACACACACACACACACACACACACACACACUUCACAUACUUGCUUGUGUGUACAUGGUGUAACAGUCCUCAGAGACCGUGUUAUGAACACUCCGAGUUCUUUUUUUCCUAUGUAGCUUUACUCUUCAUAACGAUGCUGCUUACUUCCCUUGUUUACUUGUUUACCACAGAGGUCAUGCGCCAUUUCGUCUGAGGGGUCAGGCACUCGUCAUAUACACUUCAGUUUAACUUUCACUUGUACCAGAAUAGUCUUUCAGUAUAACAAGCUUAUUUAAUACCUUAUCUUUAUUUGAUAGCAUGAAUGUACAGUAGGUAACUACAAAAAAAUGCUAACUUUCGAGCUAUUGAUUGUAGACUACACCAAUAACAGCCCUGUUGUGUAAUGCUAACCAGCCCGCUGUAGCUAGCUAUAGCUAACUGUAAUGGACAGUUAUUUUAGUAGUAGUAAUUUUUUUGGCAGGCGGACAAAAAAAAGUUUUUUUUCAGUUUGUUACCAAGAAGUUAAUUUUAAUCUAAUUCAUAGUUACAACGACCACCAAAUUAAAGGUUUACUCUAAUGCUGAUUUGUAAAUUUGCUCUGGCUUGUUGCCAACAAUCACAUUAACAUUAUUAAAUAAAAGAAACAUGGGUGAUUUCUUUACGGGUUUUCAAUGGUUUCAUUUCAACGGUAGUUCAUGUGUUAGCCUGUUUAUUAUUUAUGGGUUUUAGUUUAAUUAUAGUGAUGACAGUUCAUCUCAGUAGGCUGUUUACCACAAUGCUAGCUCUUUUUUAGUCAUAUACAAGAUGUUAAACUGAAUAAAAAACAAAAAAACUAUGUAUAUUAAUUAACCAAAGCAGGGUUGACCAAAAAGACCAAAAGUAUACCUACGACAUAUACAUUUACUGGGCCAAUGUAAGUCAGGCAUUGAUGUGUUAGCAUGUUUAGUAUAAUGCUAGGUCAUGUUUUAGCAUGUUUACCAUACAUCUAGUUUGUGAGUUAACCUGUUUACUAUAAUGGUAGUUAAUUGGUUCGCUCGUUUAAUACUAGUUUAUCAGUUACUCUGCUUGAUAUAAUGCUAGUACAUAUGUUAUCCUGUUUACUGUAAAGCUGGUUCAUGUUUUAGUUUGUUACUAAUGAACUGAAACAGGGUCGGCAUACAGAAUGUGACUUGCUCUAGGUGGUUACUGGGUUUUGCACAUUUUUCAAAUUUAAAAAUAUUGAAAACUGGAAAAAGAUUGGAGAGCUAACUAAACAGCAGGAGAUAGCAGACCUUAUGCUCAGACCCCUCAGUAAAAAUGAGCACCACUAAUAUAAUGUAAUUUAAAAUAUAUGUAUAAUGUAUAUUAUGUAUAAGAUCAAUGAUUGGGGUGGGGGCACGGUGGCUUAGUGGUUAACACUGUUGCCUCGUACCUUCGGGGUUGGGGGUUUGAUUUCUGCCCCCCUCUGUGUGCAUGGUUGGGGGUUUCCUCUGGGUUCUCCGGUUUAUUCCCCCAGUCCAAAGACAUGCGCUGUAGGCUGAGUGGCAUUUCCAAAUUGUCCAUAAUGUGUGAAUGAGUGUGUGUGCGAUUGUGCCCUGCAGUGGGUUCACACCCCAUCCGGGGUGUCCCCCACCUUGCAUCCCCAGUCCCCUGGGAUAGGCUCCAGGUUACCCUGCGACCCUGUGUAGGAUAAGCGGUACAGAGAAUGGAUGGAUGGAUGGAUGGAUGGACCAAUAAUUGCUCCUGUCAUGUAUUUGUACACUUACUGUAGCUGUAAGCUGUAUUAAACUGAGUGUAUUCUCUGCAAA